GAUGAAUUAUAAAUUUAAAAAAGGUCCGUUAACCUCGCUCACACUGGCCCAGCUGAGCGAAGUCUGAUGGAACGACAUGAAUGCGCAUGUGCAGUAGGCCGCACAAUGCGGAAGCAAACCCGGAAAAAAAUGGUGAAUGCGCUAGGCAAGGAACUGUCAUUGGACAGAACGGACGCCAUGUUUCAGUGCGGUAUCUAGGAGUUAUAAUACAUCUGUGGUGGAGAGCAACUGUGGCGCCUGGCUCCAAAACUGCCUCGAUCCAAUGAGAAUAUCGUUUCGUACGUAUGCGUUACAGAGCAAGUCGGGCUCUCCAAUCGGACAGAAAAAUAAACGGCAUGUAUUGUUGCUGUGCGCCGAUUACUGGUGAUCGAUUCUGCGCAGAUCUGUGUCAUCCUGAACCUGCUUAAUUUCUCCUUGCAUCUUAGUUUUGUAGUUUAUGUUGGAGGGACAGAUAACCAAGGAAAGGGCAUGUGAGGCAAACGCGGAUGCAAUUCAGAAUUGGGAUUUACCCACAAAGGUCAAACGGGAGGAAAGAUGGCGAGCAACUCUGACGGUUUCAACUUGCGCACCACACCAGAGAAGUUUUACGUAGAGGCUUGUGAUGAUGGCUCCGUGGAUGUCUUGGCGAUUGACAGGGUGUCAACAGAGAUGACUCUUACAGUGAGGAGGGACAUACCUGUAUCAGCUGAGACCAGGCAAAUAUGUGGACUCAUGGGGACUAUACGUUUGGUGGCAGGCAUGUACUUGGUUGCCAUCACAAAGAAGAAGAAGGUGGGAGAUUUGCUGGGUCACUCUGUGUGGAAGGCUCUGGACUUUGACAUCAUAUCCUAUAAGAAGACAGUACUACACUUGACGGAUAACCAGGUGCAAGACGAUAAGACUUUCCUAUCAAUGAUCAACAGUGUGCUUCAUACAGAUGGCUUUUACUUUGCAACAGACUAUGACCUGACCCACACUCUGCAGCGCCUAGCCAACACCAGCCCUGAGUUUCAGGAGAUGAGCCUUCUGGAAAGGGCAGAUCAGCGUUUUGUUUGGAAUGGCCACCUGUUAAGGGAAUUUGUUGCCCAGCCGGAGUUACACAAGUUUGUCUAUCCUGUUGUCCAUGGCUUCAUAACCAUGAAGUCAAGCUGCAUCAAUGGAAAGGUGUUUGAGUGGAGUAUUAUUUCUAGGAGGAGCUGCUUCAGAGCCGGUGUCCGCUACUAUGUCCGAGGCAUUGAUUCAGAAGGCCAUGCUGCCAACUAUGUGGAAACAGAGCAGACAGUACAGUACAACAGUAGUAAAGCUGCAAAAAUAGAAACAAGAGGCUCCAUCCCUGUCUACUGGUCCCAGAGGCCCAAUCUCAAAUACAAGCCAAAACCACAGAUCAGCAAAACAGUUAAUCAUUUGGAUGGAUUCCAGAGACACUUUGACUCCCAAAUUAUUCUCUAUGGAAGACAAGUCAUUUUGAACUUGAUCAACCAGAAAGGCUCAGAAAAGCCACUGGAGCUGGCAUUUAACAAGAUGGUGGCCAGCUUGGGUAAUAGCAUGAUCAAGUACAUAGCAUUUGACUUCCAUAAGGAGUGCAGUCAGAUGAGGUGGCACCGCCUCCAGAUCUUACUGGACAUGGUCACUGAAAUGCAGGAUGAAUUUGGAUAUUUCCUGGUGGAUGCUAAUGGGAAGGUGAUGUUGAACCAGGAGGGGACGUUUCGGAGCAACUGCAUGGACUGUCUGGACCGUACCAAUGUCAUCCAGAGCCUUCUGGCCCGACGCUCCCUACAGUCGCAGCUAUGGAGAAUGGGCGUCCUACACAUGGGCCAGCAGACUGAAGAACAGGCAGAGUUUGAGAAGAUGUACAAAAAUGCUUGGGCAGACAAUGCUGAUGCCUGUGCCAAGCAGUAUGCUGGCACUGCUGCCUUGAAGACCGACUAUACCAGAACGGGGAAGAGAACUCAGUGGGGGCUGCUGAUGGACGGCUGGAACUCUGUGAUGCGAUAUUACAGAAACAACUUCUCUGAUGGUUUUAGACAGGACUCCAUUGAUCUGUUCCUUGGGAAUUAUGUUGUUGAUGAAGCUGACUGGACCAGCCCCCUGCGUGACCCCAAAGACUGGAAAUUUCUGACGUUGCCCAUCAUCAUGGUGGUGGCAUUCUCCAUGUGUAUUAUCUGCCUGCUAAUGGCUGGUGAUACAUGGACUGAGACUCUGGCCUAUGUUUUGUUCUGGGGAACAGCCAGCGUGGUGACAGGUGGUCUUAUCCUCUUUAAUGGACGGGACUUCGUCGAUGCUCCCAGGCUAGUCCAGAAGGAAAAGGUGGACUGAAUGUAUGUGUGUGGAAAGCAGCUAGGCCCUUGUGAUCUCACCACCUCAUCCUCUAGCUCUUCAUCACUUUGCCCUCAACAUCAAUAUCAGCAAGCCUGGAGUCUUUACUAACAGUGGCUGAAGUGGAGAAAGGCCGGCAGUAUAGCAGUCUUGUGUAUGACAGUGCUGAAUGAAAAGACAGAGACUGUGAGUGCAUGGGCCAGCUGCUGUCCACACUGCAGAAAUUGUUUGUGAACAUGACUGCCCACACCGCUUAGUGGACACUUAACCUCUAGAGUUUCUUCUUAAUGGAUGUCAUUGUUGCUUAUUUCAAAAAAUAUCCAGAUUCACAACAGUAGCUGUGAUGUCACAGCACAGUUGUAAAUGAAUUACUGUUAUGUACUGUUUCUUUGCCUUUUGUUGUUUUCUUUUUGACAUUGACAGUAUAUGAUAUCCAUGUUACAGUUACAAAUUAAAUGCUACCUGUUUCAAAUUCUGCAUGGCCAGACCAGUAACGGGUCACUACGGCUGGCAUGUUCCAAAGGGUCCAUGAAAUUUGGGUACCUUUUGCCAUGAUUUAAAUUGCACAGCCAGUGGACAGUCUGAUGUAAAUGAGUUUGCUUUAUGGGGUUGGGUUUUGAUUUGGAGUGGAGAAGUCAUCUAAUUUGAGAGCAUUUUUAUUCAUUUUUAUGUCUGUAAAGUCAGAUCUGUACUUGAUGAGCCUCAUGCAAGAAUCACUCUUAUGAACACGUUUGUUCUGUGAGAGAUUUAACAGAAAACAGGAGAAAAAAUAUUUGUAGCACUUUCUAGCUUUCUCAAAAUUCAUAAUUGUCUUAGUUAUGAGCCAAAUUUUUGGGUGGUCCAGAUAUGUCAAACCAGUCUGACACUCCAUGAUAUACUUGAAAUAAAUAAGCUUUCAUUUGAAUGGAUUUGGUGCUUACAUAUGAUACAGAAAUAAAUUCCAAUACAAUAUAUAAAUUAAACCGACUUGAUGCAGAAUUAGUGUUUCUUUCACCAGAUGAUCAUCAUCGUCAUGGUUCCAUGCACCCUGGAAAACCUGGAGAAUUUUUGUUCACAUUUGUGUAUUUUCCUUUUGCUGAGUGAGCUGUCAAAUCUUAGCAUGAGGUGGCAACUGAAAUUAGGGCAAUGUGUGAUGUGAGAUAAUUAAUCAAGUUGUAAAGAAGAUUUGAACAGGAAAAGUGAACUUGAGAGGGUUUGCCCUGAUAACCCCUCAGACACUAAACAAUAUGUUGUCUGUGUAUCUUCCCAAUAUAUGGCAGGAAAGGUUUAUGGCUGGCACCUUUAAGUCUGGGAUGCCAUUUGGUUGAACAUAUAACAACACACAAAGAGUACUAAAACAAAGAUAAAACAUGGCCUUUAGUUCACACAAGCAAUGUCUCACAGGUCCCUGUGAUCUGUGGUCUGUUCUGAAAGUUUAAAAUCCAUUGAAUAACAUAUGUUGGUUAAUAAAACAAAGUUUAAAACAUAAUAAUGUAAUUUUCAUGACAUAUAUAUUUAUUUUAUCUUAAUAGACUUUAGUAAUUGUGGUCAAUAAAUGGAUAUGGUCAUCUAGCUCCUAGCAUGGGCUGAAAUAAUGGGAGGACAGAUCAAUAGUGAUUUUCUUUUUUAUUUUGGUUCCAGGUUCUUUCCAGCAUGAAAUGGUGAAUCCAGUGUUGCCUCUCUUUGUUUGUUUACUUAUUUGUUUGUUCACAAGGAUAAUUUUACUAUUUUAGAGACUGUUUACAAAAACGUAUUCCAUGUUAUGCAAGAAGAUGACAUUAUCAAUGAAAGUUUUUUUUUGGAAAACGUCCCCACCCCGGUCUUUUCACAAAUCAUAGGCUGGGAGCAGCUGACAGACGAACAACAACAAAUAAUUUUGACUGUAAUUGUUACUGGCUAGGAUGACAUGCUCAUUAACAAAAUUCACAAUGCAGCAAAUGUAUUGCUAGUGUAUGCUGCUUCUCACCUUUUAAUAUUAAAAACAAAGUUCUUUCUAGGUUUGUCUACACAAUUUGCAUUUUUUAAAAGAGGGUGAGAUUCAGGGGUGUCAAGAGACUUCACUAAAGAGAGGACAUUUUUUGAUGAAUUUUACAGAGUUGUUUUUUUGUGUGUGCCAUUUGAGUAUGCUGGUUGUGAGCAGGCCAAGAUUCAGUUUGAAUUAAAA